CGCAGUGAUCCCACUCUCACUCUGUAUAAAUUAUGCUGUUCUGGACACUAGAAAUGCACUGGACUCAUCUCUCGUCUCCUCAGCUGCCUCUCGCUCUCUCUCUCUCUCUCUCUGUGAAUCAGGAUCUUCUGCUAGAAUGAGGAGUGUAUCUGCUCUGCUGUCGGUGAUGCUGCUCUGCGCUAUCAUGAUGACCUGUGAAGGUACUGAAGGCAUCAAAAGCAUGAACGUGUGCUGUGAACGACUUCAGACCUUUAAAAGUUCAGCAAAAAUUCCCAUAGGAUGCAUCAAAUCCUACAGAAGGACCAGCGGAAACUGCGCCAUUAAAGCUGUUGUUUUUCAUACAGUCAAUGGAAAACAAGUCUGUGUGAAUGCGACGGCUGAUUGGGUCAAGAAUCGCAUGGAACGAGUGGAUGCUGGACGGAACCUUAUUAAUAAUCAGAACUGCUUAAACAAUCUUAAAGCUCGCAGAGCUAAAGCUGUUUAAUACUGUAUAAAUGUACAUCCAUACUGUAUGAAAUUAAUAUAAUAAUUUAUUUUUAUUUGUAAGAAAUCUUCAUGUUUAUAUUCCUAGGCUCAUACUGAUCUUAUAAGCUGCUGAUGUUAGGACCAUGGCGAGUGUAACGACUCAGUCUUUGAGGCAGGAUGCAAAUGCAAGAAGGUUUUUAAAGAAUCUAUAACAUACUAACAAACAAUAUUAAGACUAGACAAUAAACAAUAUUAUGACUUUAUAUAUAAAAACAGCAAGCUUUUUAGUACAUGAACAUUUAUAAAACUUCUCAACUUAGUCUUCUUUUGCUGAAUUGGCAAAAAUGGUAAAAAGACCAGUCUACCAUGAGAAUUGUGGCCAAUGAUAAUUCUGUUUCUAAUUCUGGCCUGCCUGUGCACAUUUUAGUCAAAUCAGCUAAAAUUGUGUAAAUAAUGUAAAGAUGAUAUUGUUACCAAUAGCCCAGGUGUUGCACCUCCACACCUAAGGAGGUCGCUCUUGCCUUAGUUUUAGUUUUUGCACACCUGUGUUCUAUUGUAUCCUGUACUGGUAUCAUUUACUCUGUGUAUAUAUGGUCUUCGCAAUGGAUCCUAGUGCAACAUCUUUUCUGGUUAUCCUUGCAUUUCAAAGAACUUUGUUGAUCUUGUCUUUUUUUUUCUGGUAUUAUAACUCUGCUCUCGUUUUUCAACCUUUUGAUUUUUGUAUAUCCCCUUGUCUGCUUUUGUAAAUAAAAUCUUCUUCUGGAUCUUUA